AAGAUGGCCACCGCGCCCGCUAGCCACUCCGCUAGCCAGCGCGCCAGGGAGCCGAUACGAGACACGCGGUCGGCUAGCCUCGGCCGGAGGCGCCCGGGGCUCAUCUCCGGCCGCCGGCCGUGGGCGGAGCGCCCGCCCCCUCCCGGCGCGGCCAAUCAGCGCGUGGGGCUGUUUCGGCGGGGGCAGCCGGCGUGCGGGGUGUGUGAGGACUCGCUCCUGUCUCCGAGUGCCUGAGCAGAGGAGCAGUUGCCGUGGUACCUGCUGCUGCUGCUGCUGCUGCCGCCGGUGCGGACGCAGAGCAUCUGAGGCGAGCGCUGGUGCGUGGGGCAGGAAAGUGAAGCCAUGACGUCCAUCAGUGAAAAUAUUCUCUUCGGAAUGGGAAAUCCUCUUCUUGACAUCACUGCUGUAGUGGAUAAGGAUUUCCUUGAUAAGUAUUCUCUUAAGCCAAAUGACCAAAUCUUGGCUGAAGACAAACACAAGGAAUUGUUUGAUGAACUUGUAAAAAAAUUCAAGGUUGAAUAUCAUGCUGGUGGCUCCACCCAGAAUUCAAUUAAAGUGGCACAGUGGAUGAUUCAGCAGCCAUACAAAGCAGCAACAUUCUUUGGCUGCAUUGGGACAGAUACAUUUGGAGAGAUCUUGAAGAAAAAAGCUGCUGAAGCCCAUGUGGAUGCUCAUUACUAUGAGCAAAGUGAGCAAACAACGGGAACUUGUGCUGUGUGCAUCACUGGUAGCAACAGGUCCCUUGUGGCUAAUCUUGCUGCUGCCAAUUGUUAUAAAAAGGAAAAACAUCUUGAUAUAGAGAAAAACUGGACAUUGGUAGAAAAAGCAAGCGUUUAUUAUAUAGCAGGCUUUUUUCUUACAGUUUCCCCUGAGUCGGUUUUAAAAGUGGCUAAACAUGCUUCUGAAAACAACAGAGUUUUCACUUUGAAUUUGUCUGCACCAUUCAUUAGUCAGUUCUACAAGGAACCAUUGAUGAAAGUUAUGCCUUAUAUUGACAUCCUUUUUGGAAAUGAGACGGAAGCUGCCACUUUUGCUAGAGAGCAAGGCUUUGAGACUGAAGACAUUAAAGAGAUAGCCAGAAAGGCACAAGCUCUGCCGAAGGUGAACCCGAAGAGGCAGCGAAUCGUAGUUUUCACCCAAGGGAGAGAAGAUACUAUAAUGGCUACAGAAAGUGAAGUCACCGCUUUUGCUGUCUUGGAUCAAGACCAGAAAGAAAUUGUUGAUACCAAUGGAGCUGGAGAUGCAUUUGUUGGAGGUUUUCUGUCUCAACUGGUCUCUGAGAAGCCUCUGACUGAAUGCAUCCGUGCUGGCCACUAUGCCGCAAGCGUCAUAAUUAGGCGGACUGGCUGCACUUUUCCUGAGAAGCCAGACUUCCACUGAUAGAAAAGGAGGAAACCCAAGCCCAGGAGUAUAGACACUGCCCUGAUUGCUUCCUGAGAAUUCCCAUAUUAAUAAAGAAGAAAAUUAUCUGCCAUCUUUUCCUACUAUAAUAAUAUUCAUUCUUAAUUUAGGGAGUACAGUAAUGCUCAGUAGAAUCUUUAUUCUCUCAACAAUCUAAAAAAAUAAUGUCUAUUUCCAUAGUUUGAUAGUGCCACUUAAAUGUUGAUUAAGCAGGAAUAUAACAUUUCAAUGGAAAUUUUUAUUUCAUUUUCAAUUACUUUGUAAAUUCAUGCGUAUUUAGCAAAUUGAUCAGUUUUUUUUACAUUUCUGCUUUGAAUGCAGAUGCAAUUUAAUAUUAUAGAUUUUUAAACAGGAAUUAAUUCUAACACAUCAAUCUUCAGCUUUUUAUACAAGUGUAUUUAAUUUAGGAAUUUAUGUAUGUAUAUAUGUAUGUGUGUAUAUGCAUACAUACGUAUAUGUGUACCACAUAUAUAAAUGAAAAAUGGUCAAAUAAGGUACAGAAAUAUAUAUCUUGCCAAGUUAUGCCAAAUAAUCUCUUUAGCACAUACUCAAACAUGUAAUAAACUUUGGAUAAUUAAACAAUUUGCCAAAUUAUGUUAUAUUAUGAUAUUCAAAUUAUAAUCUUAUAUUUACCUAUGGUACUCUGAUUUGAUACAAAUAAAAACUUGUUAUAUGGGAA